AUGGAUUUCUCUAAGCCCACAGCAAGUGAAGCCUCCGUGAAACUCUUGCCAGGGUUCAAGUUUAAACCUACCGAUGAGGAGAUCAUGAUGCGCUACCUUCGUCCUCGUGCGGUGAAUGAACCAGUCCCCUCAACGUUCAUUGUUGAUGUGGAUAUCCUAAGAAGCAACCCUUGGGACCUAAGGGAUCUGUGGAGAAAUACUUCUUUUGUCAAAGAGUACAAAGAUGGCCACAUGGAAACCGGUGCAAUCGUGCAGCAGGUGACGGACACUGGAGGGCAUCGGCAGCUAGCUGGUGAGAACACAGAAUGGGUCAUGCAAGAAUAUAGCCUUGUUCAAGCUGGCCUCACACCAUAUCCUGUGAUUGGGCCCAAUGGAACCAAUAACAUAGGAGAACACAGUCGUGAUGCAGUGGCAAGCACAAAGAAAAAGGAUAAUCUCUCUGAAGCCGUCCGCAAUGCUACUACAAGUGUGCCCAAGGUUGUUCCUGUCAUGAUUAAUCCAGAUGACUCAUGGGUUGUCUGUCGCAUCUACAAGAAGAAGAAGCACGCACCACGUGUCAUUGCCCAGCGUUACAACAUUGCACAUGGAGGGCAGGUCUGCUUCUUCAACUUCCUUGGGCAGGGUAAUUCUGAGGGAACUUCUAGCUCAGGCAGCCUCACCAACCUACCAAUAGAGAAGGCAAAGGAUAACAAUGAGGAUAGGGGUGGCACGAACGACAAAGUUAAUUGA